CGCAAUAAAAUUGGAAUGCCAUUGAUCUCUUGCCAUGGAAAUGUGGAUGUCAUUCGGCGAUGCAUUACAAGCGGAUUCUUUCCAAAUGCAGCGUAUCUUCACCAUUCCGGCGUUUAUCGUACAUGCAGAGGAAAUCGUGAAAUGGAAAUUCAUCCGCUAUCGUGUCUGUACACCAUUCGACAACCACAGUACAUUGUUUUUUGUGAGCUGCUCCACACGACAAAGCCAUUCAUGAAGGAAGUGACUGUGAUUGAAGGGGACUGGCUGACUGAAUUGGCACCACACUACUAUGUUAAACGUGGUGUUCGAUAUGAAGAUCGUUAGAAUCCUUAAAAAAACCUCUAAAGCAAAAUCAUGUAGUGUAUUGAAUAAAUAGAGAGAAAUACUUUGCAAUUCAA